AUAUGGAAAGUGAAAGUGUUCAAAAUAAAAAAGGCGCUAGUGAUACGUCAACAAACAAUAUAUUAGAAGAGUCGUGUCAAGCAUCGACAAAUGAGGUUGCAAAAAAUGUCGAAAAAUGUAGCAAUUCUGAAGAACUUACGACACCAACACAAUCAACCUCAGUCAUAUAUUCAAGAUGCUCCACCGACAUUCCACUUUUAUCUGCAUAUUCAAUUCCUAAACCGUCAAUUCAGACUCUUGAGGAAAAUAAUUUACCAGAAUCAGAAGAUACUGCCAGCUCUAAGCAUCAAAAUGAUCUAGAGCUUUCAACUACGACACCACCACUGUUAUUACCAACGACACAAGUUUCACCAAAUCUCCAAACAAAUACCUUAGAUUCCAAUAUUUCAGGAACAGAGAGCAUAGUUUCAACUUUUGAUGCAAGGCUGAAAUUACAAAAAAUUCCAACUAGUGUUAGUAACGCAAUAGGACCACCGGUACCAGCAUUAUUGUUUCCAGGGAACAGAUGAAUCGAUGAUUGAUAGCUCACUAGCUGAACCAACAAUGCAAAGUCAGACACCAUCAUCUACUUUAAAUACACAAAUUGAGGACCCAGUUGUGAUAACAAUGCCCCAAACAUCUUCUUCAUCAUUACAACAUAGUUUUGGAACAACUGCACCACUAUUACCGAAUACUACAGUAACGACAAGUUUAGGGCAUGCUGACAUCACUGCCACAAUUCAAACUGUUACACAUCCAGUUUCUUCUUCGCCUCCUAUUUCUUUCAGAGAAUUGAAUUUUUUUCGAAUAGCGCUCCUGAUUUUUCGAAGAGUGCCAAUAGCAGUUAGAACAUUCUUUGAUUCCAAGCAUCCUCCAUUAGACCUUAUAUCAGAUCUUGCAUUAAAUAAACCUAAACUCUUAGCAAUAAAAAAAGAAAGAGUCAUUUCUACUCAGCAAUGGAAUAUAUUGUACCCAUCAUCAGGGUACGUAACAUCAAGGCAAUUUGACGUCACUACGCUAAUUCUCCUUCUGCGGUAUAUGACGAGUGUUCCUGCUCCGGUCACAGGGUUUGACAAGUUGCCUUCACAAUCAGACAAUAGUGUCGGGGCAGACCUUGCUAGAAUGAAGUAUUACAGAAACAUUGUAGCACAUUCAAAGAAUGCAAAAUUAUCAGAAAUGGAAUUCAAUGAUUACUGGGCUGACAUUGAAAAUGCAAUUGGCAGAUUAGGGGGCAAUGAACAAUUGCUUGAGGCGAGGGCAUUAAAAACGUUGCAAUUUGAAUAAAAGAUAACGAAAUUCUACUGGAAAUGA